GCGGGAUGAGACCCACCAACGAAUACAAAAUAUGUACGUCAUAGCGCAUACCGUGGCUUGUAGAUUGGCCGAGCGGGCGAGUAAUUGGUCGGGUAAGACUAAACGCGAAUGGUGUCGACACGUGGAGGAAACGUGGACUUUGGGCCGAGGGCCGAUUCGGGUGGAUAUUGGCACGGAAGCGGAUACAACUGUCACAUAUCUGGCGCCCACGGUCGAGCUGUGUGAUUGGCUGAUCAAUGACAGAAGAGUGGAAGAGAUACGUGCGGCAGAGGUGCAGGGGCAGGUGAGACUGCUUCCGUGGAAGCUGCCGACUGAAAUGCAAGUGGAAAGAUUGCCGAACGGAAGUGGUGGCCAUGGGUCAAAGUGUAUAAGCCGUCGCUUCUGGCGUCUAUGUGGAUGGGAGGGGCCGUGGAGCACUUCUACGGGCCAAUUGCGGAAGAGCAAGUCGUCGACGACGAGGAACGUGAAUAUACCAGGGGGCAGAGCCCGAGAACGUGGGCAUGAGGAUAUGGUAAGAGUGACAGGGCAGAGGAGUAUAAGAAAGGUGAAGCGGGGAGGGGGGUGCCGUUGCAACGUCUCAUGGGCAGGCGGAGUGGAUGACCCCAUGCAGUCGGAUGAGCCGCACUGGUUGUUCGGAAAGGAGCGGAAAAGGAAGGCGGAGCAGUCCUCGGGGGAAGAGAGAGGCCAACAAAUGCCCGGAGCGGAGCAACAAAGAGCCGGAAGAGAACAAGGGAGUCAGGCGGAAACUCAGCCGAAGACGAAGGAGGACGUGAAAACACCAGAGACACAGCCCGCCAAUGGCCAGCAGGCCUCGUCGGAGGAACUGGUGCAGGGGGGGAAGAAGGAAGGGAAAGAAGGCGACAAGGACUCUGAUAGCAGUCGCCAAGCGAAACAGACGGGCGGAGUGGGCAUGGAAGAGGAUGGUAAGGGGGCUGCUAUGACACAAGAGGAGGAUGGGACGGCCCAGGGGAAAAUGGCGGAUCUGGGUAGUAGUCUGACUGGUGAAGGGGAGGGCUGCGACUUUCGAAGACAAGGAAGGCAAAGGAGAGGGACAGAGGAACGGAGGGGAGCAGGCUCAGAGCCGGGACACUGCACAACAGGCAUUGAUGGAAGAUGGGCAAGGCUCAGACGGGGAAAAGGAACAGAGGAGAUUGGGUCGCGGCGCAGAAUGUGGGAGCAGUUGCAGACUGUCACUCUGGAUGUGAACAAGAUCAUUAUAGCAGGUGACUUUAGUUUGGUCGCAGUCCCGGUUCUGGACUCGGCUACAGCAAGGCACGUGGAAGCGGAUUCUCUGGAGCUCCUUAGCGGGAGGACGGCGCUGGGCUGCACGGACUCUUACCGAACACUGCACCCACAGGAUAGGGAAUUCACAUUCUGGGGAAAUGCUGUGACAAGGAGGUCUAGAAUUGACAUGAUAUGGGCGUCGGUGUCUAGAAUUUAUACGAUAUGGGCAUCGGUCGAGCUGACCGAGGCGAUAGAGCAGGUCCACAUAGUUCCAAUGGAGACAUCAGAUCACUCAGCACUGAUAGCAAGCUACCCGGUGGGCCAGUUGGAGAAGGGCCACCCUCCCAAGGCGAUCCCGGGCUGCGUUUUUAAGAGUGAGGAGUUUCAGCCAGAGGUGGCCCGGUUUUGGGAAGAAUGGAUUGACGAGUGCCCACAGGAGAACCUGUUCGCCCAUGUAGCAAAGGCGAUUCAAGACUUGCGAGAACGGCUGGUCAAACAACUGCGGAGCAGCUACUUGGCGCAUCAGCGAACGAGGGAAGAAUAUACGCGAAGAAUGGAGGAACUGAACAUCGGCCUGGUUGGAGAGCAAACAGAGGAUGAAUGGUGGGCUGAGUGGGUGGAGGCGGCACGAGGGUGGAGGGAAUUGGGCACGCGUAAAAUGGCACCGCUGAUGACAGCGAUGGACCCCCCCUUUGACGACAAUCAGCCAACACAGCGCACAACGAGAGGGAUUUUGAAAUGCAUCAGGGACUUCUACUACCUGCUGUUAACUGAAGAGGAGGACUGGACACCGGAGGACAUCGCCAAGGAACCGGAGCAAGCAGUGUGGAGGCAUAUCCGCAGUGGACUGGACCUGGCAAGUACUUGUGGAUUGGAGAAAGAUGUUAAGACGGAGGAAGUGGAGAGAGUGGUUGCGGAUCUUCCUUGCCUCAAGGCACCGGACUUGGAUGGGAUGCCGGUGGAAGUGUACAAGGAGUUCCACAAUUUCUUUGUGAUCCUACUGACGACUGCGUACAAUGAAGUGCGUAAACAUGGAUCCUUCCCGCAGAGCUUUGCGGAGGCAUAUGUAGUCCUGCUUUAUAAAAAGGGGGCGAAGGAGGACGUACGAAAUUGGAGGCUGAUAUCUAUUCUCACUGCACUAUGUAAGAUAUUGGCCAAAGUGAUGGCAACCUGUGUGAAGGAAGUGCUGCCGCACCUUAUAGAUUGCACACAGACUGGGUUCGUGUCAGGCUGCCAGAUUCCGUCAUAUGUUAUAUUGGCACAGCAGAUCUUGGAGGAGGACAGGACCGAUGCACAGGCAGCGCCGCGACUUUCAUCUCCAUUGACCUCGAGAAAGCGUAUGACCGUUAACGGCGUUAGGUCGGACAAACUUAAGGUUACCCGGACAGUCAGACAAGGUUGCCCGCUUUCUCCGGCCCUAUACGUCAUCUACAUCGACUCCAUGCACGAUAUCUUAAGGGCGGAUGAUAGAUUGAUUGCUUUGAAAGUGGGACUGUCAAUGGAGCUGCAAUCCACUGCGUUCGCGGAUGGCUUGAUAGCAGUGAUCCCUUUGACAGCCCUACAGCUGGGCGUGCUCAAGUAUGACCCACAAACGUUUUGUAAGUACUCAGGGGCGCGGGUCAACUGGCAGAAAUUGAAGGCCAUCCUCCCGUUGGAGGUCGACCCGUCGGAGGGAUGGGAUAUCCCCACGGUGACAGAAGGGGAACGCUUGGCCUUUUUGGGAGCAAAUUUGACACUGAGCUACGGCGGGAUCGAGCAGAUGGCACUUCGCUCAACAGCGGCCGUGGCCCGACUUAAACCAUGGAGCGCAAGAGGAAGCAUGGGCGUCUUCAGGAGGGCCCUGGUCAUUAAGAACUCAGUGCUUGCAACCUUGUGGUAUGCAGGUGUUGCGCAUAUUCCAGGCAAAUGUACCUUCAGAUACAUUAGGAAGGCGAUCAACGCGCAUUUGUGGUCGAACAAUGCACAGGCGGAGGACUCCAUAUGCAGGGUGGCCUGGAACAAGCUUAUUCAGCCAAGUCGCUUUGGAGGCCUGGGGUUGUUGGACCCACGGUUACAGAUAAUAGCGCUGCAGCUACGUCAGCUGAUAUGGCACCUGUUGGCCACGAAAUACAAUCCAACAGAGGAGGAGUUACGAGAGGUGGUUGAUCCUUAUUCGAGUGCCCUUUGCACUGAAUGCCACAGCGGGGUUGAUGAUGAGCUUCUCCUCCUAUGUGAUCGGUGCGAUGCGGCGGCGCAUACCUAUUGCAUUGGAUUGGGCAAUUCUGUCCCAGAGGGCGAGUACAUCUGUAGUCUCUGCAGGUCAGUGGAUGAGCGACUGCAGCAGGCUGCAGCUCUUGCUGGGGGAGCGAAUGGAGCGGAAGCGGACGCGGAGGCAUUUUCUGGAUGGGAGACAGGUGAGGGGGAAUGGGGAAGUUCAGAAUGCGAUUCUACGGAAGCUGAUGAUGCCAGUGACGGAAGUAGAAGUGAUGAGGCUGAGGACUCAGAGGAUGACAAUGAGGCAUCAGAGUAUGAGGAAGUGGUCACAGUGGCGAGGAUUCACCGCGCGACAAGGCGUGCAUCAAGUCGCAGUCAAAAUGCGACUGUCUCUCGGGCACGGCAAGGGGGAGGGCGCACGAGGAGGCGUGCCACAGGCACUCGAAGGCGUGGGCGCACGAGGAGGCGUGCCACAAGCACUCGAAGGCCUGCUCAGCGUGCUGCAAGGACUGUAGCACAGCGGGCAGCAGCUCGAACAGGCAGACGAGCUUCAGCAACACGGAGGUCGGCAACACGAAGAGCCAGCGGAUCUGCAGGCACUAGGCAUCAAACGAUCUCAGCUGUGAUAGACAGGAUGAGGAGAAAUGGAAACUCACGGGUGCGACAAACCCAUGCUCUUCUGGCACAUUUUGUGCACUUGUCUCGUCCCGCCCUCGCCGCCCGUUCGGCAGUGCCUGUGGCUGCUAGAAGACCAGCACCAAGCAGACAAACUUCAGUUCAGAAUCCGCGUAAUCCAGCACCAGUUGCAUCAAACAGGCAUCCUGCACCACCGACCGCAGAACUUUCCAAUCAGACAGUGCAUGUCGAUGGGGCAGGUCAACAUGAUGUUGUUAACCGGUAUCGUGAACAGUGGGACGCACUCCGCAAUGGAACGAUGACAUUUGCAUCUCCCAGUCGUAGGGGUCCUGUUGGGCCAGGGGCGGCUUCUGAUGUGCAAUCAAGGAGGGGUGCGACGGCUCCACAGUCCUCCUUGCGGACACCGUUAUCUUCUGAGUCGCCAUUGGCAGCAGUGACAUCUUCGUCUGUUGCCCGUCGUGCAGUUUCCACUGGUCAGCCAUCUGGGAACUUGGGAGGUAGUGGCAUGGAUGCAACUGGUAGUGUGCAGAGGCGCAUAGCCAUACGCCAGCCCAACUUGGACCAAGUCUGGUUAAAUGCAGCGCGUGCCCGUUCGUUACUGCUUUCACUCAGGAGGGGAUCACUUGCGUCCAGCUCGGAAGAUCAGCCUGCAGCUGCAGGUAGUGGUGGUGGAACUGUGGAAUCGGCUGCUGUCAGGAGUCAGCAGACUGCACGAGCACAUGGCAACUCGGCAGUUGCAAAUAGUGCUUUGGGUCAACGGACUUUCCGUGCAAACGUCAGCUCAUCAGCUCAAGAUUUUGGUGCCACAGCAUCACGGGCUCGUACUAGCUUGGUUCAUCAGCCUGCUGCUGCAGUUGGUGAUCGUGGAAGUGCAGGGUUGGCAGCUGCCAGGCAUCAGCAAGCUCCUCGAGCACAGGGCAACUCGCCAUUGGUAGGAAAUAAUGCUGUGGGUCAGCAGACUGUGCGCUCACGGGUCAACUCGUCUGUUCCAGAAAAUGGCGCUGUGUCAGAUGAAACCCAAGCUGGACUGGCUUUGCCGCGUGCCAAUCAGAAUGGUGAUGGUAAUAGACGUGCUCUGAGAUUGGGUGCGACAGGCCUUACAUCAGCUGUGUCUCAGGCUACAACUCACGCCCAUUUUCACGGUCACCUUUCCACUACAGCACAGGCCAAGCUGGCUUCAGCCUCUGUUGAUCAGAAUGGAGAUGGUGGUAGGCAUGUCAACGCUUCCAAUGUACAGACAACAACUUCAUCUGCGAAUGUGACUGUGCGACUGCAGGUUCACGGGACCAAUAGCAUGUCAAUUGGAGCACAAACAGCAGUGCCUGUAGGUUGUGCUGAUCAUAACAGAAACCGUGGCAGGCAGCUGAAAAGUACUAGCGCCGCUGCCAGUGCAUUAGCAGUGAAUGGGGGCGCAGGGGCAGAUGCUCGGACAUCCAGUCUGUCGACUGAAGCACAGGCUGAAUUGUCUCCAGCUCCUUCUGAGCUGAACAAAGCUGACGGCCGGCAUGGUUCUUGCCGUGACAGUCCAGUUAGAGGAGAGUGUGGACUAGUUGUGCGAACGACAGGAGUGAAAGGCGUGGAAGGAGGACAAGGGAUUGCACGUACGAGUGAUCUAGUGGUUGAGGGUGCUGCCACUCCAUCUGCAGUGCAGGAUGGUGGAAGCAGUGGGGAGGUUGCUGAACCGGGGUUACCAUGUACUGUUGUGCCAAAUGAAGGGUCUGCUGGAGCAGCAGCACAAGUUGGCAUUAGCAGCAACGUUGUCAUUUGCAGACCACCCUUAGUAGCAGAAGCCAACCAGGCGGAGGGUUCUGUUGCUGGUCAACCAACAAGCUCGUCACGGCCAGCAAAGCAUGGGCUGCCCCUCGACGGUGCUCUGAAGAAAAUUUUGGAAGAACCCAUGAGUUCUCACAGUGUUUCUGAUGCUGCAUUGCCGGAUAGUGAGCCCCCUAAACGGUCGUCAACCAGCUCCUGUCAUGGGGAUUUCCGGCCUGGAUUUGCAGCGGAGAGACAGGAAGCAGUCUCUGCUGGCGGCAGCAGAUGUGCCAGGACUACUGAUCGAGGAAAUGCAGGGCGACAAGGAGGACAGGGAGACGGAGAAGAAGCUGGAAUGGCGGCGGGUGCAGGAAAGAUGGCCAAGAGGGCAAAAGGAGCCCGGGGCGAUGCAGACAUCAAAGGGAGACUCACUCCACAAUUGGAUGGGAGAACUUCGGGGGGGCAGCCAGAGGCGACGGUGAGAACGGAGGACAUCUCAACUGCUCGCUCUGGCUCUGCUGGUAGGGCGCGUCCAUAUAACACCCUUAAAAAGGAGGAUCCGUCGGUACUUUCUUACCAGACAUGGUCAGAUCGCGGACAGGAGGAUUCCUCUGGGAUUUGCUGGCCGUUAGUAGUGCCAUCCAAGGUACAUGGACAGGAUUCUGUACAUAACAGUCUAGGACAAGUGGACAACUUACGAGAGUUCGAUCACCAUGAGGGAAGGGAAAGAAGACCCAGUUCCUAUGAGAAUAUGAGUUGCAUGAUGGCAGAGCUCAAGGAAGUUCGACUAGGGAGUGAUAGGGGUGGGUGGGUCGGUGAGAGUCGAAGGCUUGAAACUUGUGUCAAUGGAGGUGAAGCGAUGAUGACAGAUGCAACUUCUGCUUGGGCUAAUAUGUCGAUCGGUGAGCAUGAAAAUACCAAUUGGAUGGGUCCGCUUAAUGAUAGUUGGGCUGAUGGUCACCGCGGAAUCAACCCUUGUCAACAUCAACAAGAAAUUUACCAAAGUUCUGCAUAUGAACAGACAUGGGCCCAAAGUGCGCCAUCAUCUGCUGCGGGUGGAUGGCCUGCCAAUUCUAGAUGGCCAGGUCGUGAAUGGGAAUGGCAGCAGCCAACCUCCUACAGCGGCUCUUACGAAAGACAUUCUGAUGAACAUGUCUCUUUGCCACCACACCCAGUUAAUAAGGAGCUGCCAGAAUGGAGGGGCAAUCAAACUGAGGAUUGUGCAAGGUGGGAAUGGCGGAACAACCAAGCUGUGGAUUGCGCGAGAGGAGAAUGGAGGGACAACCAAGCUGUGGAUUGUGCAGGAUGGCAGUGGAGAGACAACCAAGCUGUGGGUUGUGCAGAACAAACCAUGCAUCUGCAGGGUGGUGGUGGUGGUGGUGGCUCUCUUCUAGCUGGGAAUGCUCCGCAGAUGGGAGCCCAUCAUACCCAGACACCUCCUUGGCAAGCUGGAGGAAUGUGGUGCUCAGAGCAGCGUAAUUUGACGGGCUUGGAGACACAGAGGCAUCACCAUGGACGAAGUUUGGGGAUCGACGUUCACAGUGAUCAGGGAUGGGGAUUUGGGACCCAGAAUAUGUCACAAGCACAGACCUCGCUGACAUCUGGAAGGUCUUUUGCAACAGGGAACAUGGUUUGGGAUGAACAGUUGCCUAGAGCAAAAGAUAGUCUUAUGGGAAGAGAGAACGGAGGAAUGGUGUUGCCUGCACCAUCCUCUUGGCCUCUUAUGGGAAGAGAGAACGGAGGAAUGGUGUUGCCUGCACCAUCCUCUUGGCCUCCAUUUCCUCCAGUAGGAAAUGGGCUGAGGGAAGUGGAAAGAAUGUCAAGGGGAAUGAUGCCUGGAGUCGCAGUGUCACAUCCGCCUGAAAUGUUGCCGAGGGUGGGAAAUUGUGAGCGCAAUGAUGAUCUAUCUUCAGGGGGUGCUGUUGCCGGAGGAGGCUCAUUUCCUGGUAUGGGCAAGCUCAGUCCUGGCUACACUGUUCAGGGAGUAGGUCCUGCUCAAGCUGUCGGUGCCUCAGCCCUGGAGCAGAAGCUGGCCAACAGAGAGGGUGACAUAACCCUGCGAGACAGGCAGGCAAUCAAAGCUGAGGUUGUUGGGGAGAAACAAGACACCGGGGAAGAAGUAAGGGAGAAAGAGGGACAUCAGGAAAAGGACAGGAGAAAGAAAGAAGCUAGGAAGCUGCAGAAGGAAAAAACAAAAGAAUGGUCAUCUCAAAGGCCAAUUGCAGGGGAGUUGGCUGCGAAGCUGGUGAAGAAAGAACUCCGGCCAUUGUAUGAUGAUAAGAAGAUUGAUAAGGAAAAGUUCAAGGCAGCCGCACGUGCAGCCACUCACUCUCUUCUGGAAGAAUGGGGGUAUUCUAGCAUUCAGAGUAUUGGGGAGACGGCCCAAUCCAGAUGUCGUCAUGGCGUUCUGGUACCUGCUUGUCUAGGCAGUGGCAUUAAGCCAGAGUCUUUUGAGAUGGCAGUGAUGGAUAAAGUUUGUGCGAAGUGUGUGGAAAGUCAUGUCUACCGAGCAUUGGUUGAUGACCUGAUGAAGGCAAAAGGUUGAUGAGGCAGAGAAACCCGGUUUUCCCCGUAUGGCUUUCGAGUCCAUGACUUGUAAACCACUCAUGGCUUGGCUGGCUCAGAGGUCGUCAGAGGAGCGUCGGCGGUCUCUGCAGUAGCAGCUAGCGCUGGACAAGACAUCGUUAGCCAUGGGUAUCUUGCAGAAUGCUUACAGAGCCUGUGUCUGGGGCGAGGCUAUACGGUGUUGAGUUGUACCAGGGGUGUAUCUGGGAAGGACAGUCAGGAGAGGUGCAAACACUGGACAUCAUUUAUAAUGCAUUUCAUCAAUUUCCAUGUUGGUAUGAGCGCUUUUUUGCGGACUUUGGCAAUCUGCAGGGGUGUGUGCCAUAUUGGGCAGUGUUCUGCGUAUGUCUUUGAUGUUCAACUGCACGAUCCUCGUCAGAAAGAAAGUUCAUUGAUCGUGGGAUAAGAUGGACGGAUCCGCAUCUGGUUGCGAUGAGAUGACAAAUGCAUUCCGCUGGUGCUGGCCUGGUAUGGCCUGCUGCAUGCUUGGGAGCCCAAUAACAGCCCUUGCGGGCGGUGUAUCGUUAUACUCGACCCUGAGGGGGGGCGACAUCUUGUUCUACUCUACCAUAACUGUUCCAAUGCAGUUUUGAACAGGUGAGACGCCAUGUCGCGCUGGUUUGGUUGGAUGUUGUGUUCAUAAUGUAUGAAUUUACUCUUUUGGGGCUCUUUCUGCAUCGAGAAGAGCACACCAGUGAUGGAUUUACAGAGCACAUGGGACCUGAGAAUGCUUUUUGGGAGGAGGAUUUUUCAUCCCUCAAGGCUCAUGCUGUAAACAACUAAUGAACUGCUGUACCAAAC